AUGAUCUUGAGAACCACAUUAAGCGCUCUUGCACUGUCUGCUAUCGCCACUGCUCACGGUAGUCAUGACCAAAUAGUCGUCGCUGCCGAUGCAGACUGGGCGACGAGGCACAUGGCAGAGGAGCACCACAUAACCUCCUUCGACGCCGGCUCCUUCUUCAAUCUCCACGACUACGAUAGCAGCAACACCUGGACCUUUGAUGACCUGAUGAAAACAUAUGGCUUAAAACACGAGUCCACGAACCACAUCGCGUACACCGAGAAAGAGAAAGCCAUCAACGGCGUUAUCUCCCUUUUCGACAAAGACCUCAGCGGCACCAUCUCUUUCGCCGAAUACACCAUCGGUAGCGGCGCGGGUCUCAAGUUACCAGAUCUGGGCUUCGGACUGGGCCACCACGGCGACGACGAGUACGAGUACGAGAUUCAUCAUUUCGAGAAGUUUCACGGGGACGGCGCGACGGAGGAGGAGCUGAACCAUCCCGAGGAUAUUGAGCAUUUCCGCAAACACGAGGAACUGGAGGCGGCGCAGGAGAGGCAGGAGCAGUUGGAUCGGAUGAGAAUUGUGGAGGCCAACAUCCCGAGCAAGUUUCGGAGGGGUUAA